CUGUCUCUCUCUGCAUGCUGCUGCAGAUCACUCCAGGGUCGUCUGAGGAGCGCGAGCAGAGGACGAUUGCAGCGAUUUUUCUUUUCUGCAAAACAGCAACACACAUCCAGACGCAAUGCAGGCGGACGGGAAGGCAGUGGAUGGUGGCCUGCUGCCUGAUGCCAACGGGAAAGACCCAAACCAGGGUGGACAGACAGACGGCUCCAAGUGGCAGAAACCACGGCUCACGCGUAAAUCUCUGAUGAAGUGUUGUCUCGUCAAGUGGAUUAUCGCCAGCACCACACAACAAGGGCCAGACAGCUGUGACAGCGACCUUGAACUCUCCAUGGUGCGUCACCAACCCGAGGGCCUCGAUCAGCUCCAAGCCCAGACGCAGUUCACCAGGAAGGAGCUCCAGUCACUUUACAGAGGCUUCAAAAAUGAAUGUCCCAGUGGGCUGGUGGAUGAGGAAACGUUCAAGUCUAUAUACUCACAGUUCUUCCCUCAAGGAGAUGCAACCACGUAUGCACAUUUCCUGUUCAACGCAUUUGACAUGGACAGAAAUGGCUCCAUCCGGUUUGAGGACUUUGUGAUAGGAUUGUCAGUGUUGCUUAGAGGCUCUGUAACAGAGAAACUGCGGUGGGCGUUCAACCUGUAUGACAUCAACAAAGACGGCUACAUUACUAAAGAGGAAAUGAUGGCAAUAAUGACGUCCAUUUAUGACAUGAUGGGCAGGUAUACCUUACCCAGUGUACGAGACGAUUCCCCCUCUGAGCAUGUAGAGAAAUUCUUCCAGAAAAUGGAUCGAAACAGAGAUGGAGUGGUGACUAUUGAUGAAUUCAUAGAAACCUGCCAAAAGGAUGAAAAUAUAAUGGCUUCCAUGCAGCUCUUUGAGAACGUCAUCUAGCUGCUGCAGAGAGACGUGGAUCGGUUAUGCUGCAUAGCGAGUGCUUCCAGCUGCUUCCGGGCCUGAAAUAACUUCAUUCAUCCUGAGGAAGAAAAACUGGGUCGUGCAACACAUUUUAAUACAAAUUGGUGAACACUAUUACUUUUCCUGUCAAACUGUUCUAUGCAGAGAAAUGUGCAGAGUCCACCAAAUCACCUGAGGAUGAAAUGUUUCUUUGCAUGACAAUUUUGUUUUUGCACAUGAUGGAAAUCUUUAUCAGAUGAGCAUGAGUGCUUGCCCAACUUUAAGAAGCAUGUGAUGCAAACCACAAUGAACACAAGCGAGGGGUUUUACUGUUGAACACACUGGGCAAACAAGAAUAUUUUGUUACUGUAUUAUACUGCAAAGAAAUUAAUUAUGUUUCUAAGUUCUUCAAAUUUUUGUGUGUCAUUGUCAUGUUGACCCAAAACCUGCUGAAAUAAAUACACUAUACACCUUCACACAC